GUAUUAUUGUCACCUUGUAUUAACACCCUUUAUUAAUAAGGAUCGUAUGUGAAACCAAACGUGAGAAAGGCUACAGUUCUCCCCUAUUCCAUGCCGAGGUGUAACCUCCCUGAGUUAAAAACACGUAAUAAUGAUAUUUAUAUUCGCUACAGAGUCUAUGCAUUCUUUACAGGCAAUGCAGCAAGCGUCAGGCUUAUUUCCGAAGUGACAGAAGAUUUGAAAACAUCAAACCUGACAAAUAUAACUUAUGAUAUUACAGCUAUAAUUCAACUGAUAAAUAAACUUCAAACAGACAGGGUGGCCAAUAUACGAACAUUACAAAAUUCCUAUGAAAAUAUACUUGCAGAAUUAGUAAUUAUGCAGCAGAAAAUAAAUGAUGCCUAUGAUAAAUUGGAAAAGAACACGAUUGAGAAACUUAACUCAUUGCGCAUAGAGUUGUCUGAUUCCAUUCAGGUUGAUAUAAACAAAUGUAUGAAACAAGCUGAUGAAAUGAAAUCCCUCAACGAUAUUGUACAGGAAAUUGUACAAAAAGAUGAGAGCUUGUCAUUUAUAGCCCAUCAAAAAUGUUGCAAAGAACUAUCGGCGUCAAAUGAGCUGGAAAAGGAACGAGAAGUACAUGAAUAUUUAAUGAAACUGGAUAUUCGUCCAGAUAUCCUUCACCUCGUAUCGUCAUUGUCAAGUCUAGGCGAAUCAGCACAGUACAACCCAAACAAAAUUAUAAAAGCAAGUUCGAACAUGACAACCAUUACUCCGAAAGUACAGAAAGACUCGAGCGAGUGUUCUAUAAGAGGAAUAUGUUUGUUUGCUAAUAAUACCACAGUGCUUGUUGACCGCGAUAAUAAGAAAAUAAAACUGCUAGAUAAGGAACUCAAUGUAAUAUUUUAUCUACACUUAUCAACCUUUGCAUGGGACUUAAGCCAGGUUAGUUUCGAUGAAGUUGCUGUUACCAUCGAUAACGACAAAAUCCAUGGGGUGGAAUUCUUUUUAAUAAAGAACGGAUCUAUCUUAAAAAAGAUGGCUUUAUAUUUUCCCCAUCGAUGCCGUGGUGUAACGUUCAGCAUGAGCUAUCUUUACAUCACUUCAGGUAACGCUCUGUAUCAAUACUCAAUGACUGGUCAACAGCUGAAAAAACUAUAUGAAGACACAGCUAGAGAAUUUACAGUUUACAAGACGGCAAUAUGUGUGGGUAAAAUUUACGUAACAAAUAGUUCACAUCACAAGCUGAUUACACUUGCUAUGGAUGGAACCCUGCUAUCAACAUUUACCGACCAAGAACUUAUAGGUCCUAAGGAUGUGCAUGUUACAUUUGCGGGACAGGUUUUGGUGUGCGGCCAGGACUCUAACACGAUCUUGCAGAUAGAUGGGGAUGGACAGAGGGAAACUUACAACAUUGGCGACUAGUAAAAUUGGCGUUCAAACUCCUUGGUCUCUUUAUUUUAACCGUGAUUCUAAUAGACUUAUUGUCGGCCAGGACCAUUUACUGGUUUUACACAUUUCAUGAAAAAUAAUAAGAGUAAUACACUAGUUCAAGAAAGGGCAUAUAUUUCAAAUAAAAUAUAAAGUUAAA